UGAGUGUGGGGGGAGGCCUGUAGAGCACGGUUGGCUCCGGAGCCAGGAGCCCAGGCGGGCGCCAUACUAGAAACUAAAAUGGCUGCCCCGGGGAAGAGAGCUCAGCUCGGGCCGUGAGGGGCUGCGCCUCCACCCGCCUCACCGACAAGGGACAUCGCCUUGCCGGGCACACCUCGGACAGGUCACACCUCCUUGCUGGAAUUUGCAGCUCUUAUGGAACCAUUUCUUUGAUGUUACAGCUUAGUAAAGCACCAGAAAUACAGUUCCCGCUUACCUGCCUCUUGUAACAAAGAGACUAUUUCUGAGCCGAACAGAAAAAUGAUAAAGUUUUUUCUCAUGGUGAACAAACAAGGUCAAACAAGACUCUCCAGGUAUUAUGAACAUGUGGAAAUUCAUAAGCGGACAAUGCUGGAAGCUGAAGUAAUCAAAAAUUGCCUUUCCCGUUCAAAAGAGCAAUGCUCUUUCAUUGAAUAUAAGGGUUUUAAGCUGGUGUACCGACAAUAUGCAGCCCUUUUCAUAGUGGUUGGAAUCAAUGAAACAGAGAAUGAGAUGGCUGUAUAUGAACUAAUUCAUAAUUUUGUGGAGGUUUUGGACAGAUAUUUCAGCAGAGUGAGUGAAUUAGAUAUAAUGUUCAACUUGGAUAGAGUGCACAUAAUUUUGGAUGAAAUGGUGUUAAAUGGCUGCAUCGUGGAAACCAACAAGAAUAGAAUUCUUGCACCUCUAUUUGUUCUUGACAAAAUGGCAGAAAGCUAGAAAGAAACAAGCCUACUGAGGAAUGUAUUUUACAAAGGAAUGUAUUCUGAAAACCCCACAACAUCCCUACAGCUAUUUUCUGAGACUUCCUAAGGUGAAAUCUUGCAGUAUUUUCAACUUGCUGGAACAUAUUGAAGCAAAGAAAUCUAAUGCAUAUUCCCUCUUUCUUUCUCCUCCAACCCCUGAACAAAAUAUGCCAUGUCAAUGUAAAGGUAAAAAUUGGGAGGGGGAGGGACCAACAGGAACUUUUUCAAAGAGGCAAAUGUCAGUUGACACAGCACUUGUCUUUCUAAAAAGUAGCCAUUUUGUUUUAGUAUUUGUAAUUCUGUUAGGGGAAAAAUAUUCAUGAAGCCUUGUAUGUCUGUGGC